AUGGCCCCUGAAAAAUAUAUCCCAACCAAGGCAUGCUGGUUCAGGAGAAAACAUGCCUGUACAUGUAAAACAGAAGCCUCGGUCUGGGUUCGCGCGGCCACAGUGGGAACUUGCCCGUUGACGAGGCUGAUUCUUUCCUGCUCGCGUCGGCCCCUGCGGGUCUCCGAGGCCUACCGGUUUACUUUGGGGCGGGAGAGCGAGCGGCGGCGGCUGUCACUGAGCUUUGACCCCCGUCUGGCAAAGGCAAUAGUGGAGCUUGGUUUGACUCCAGCAUCUACUGCUGCCACCACCACUAGUUCAAACACUAUGCUGUUUACCUCAAUAUCAAAUGCUUCUACCUCUACUGCUGCCUCUGGGUUCUCAUUUGGUGCCCCAACAUCUUCAGCCGGAACACUUGGUGGUAUAACUUUGGGAUUUGGAUUAAAAUUUCCUGGAGCAGGUGGAGCAGCUUCUAAUGCAUCUACUACGACUUCAACCACUACUGCCACCACUCUCACCACUACCACCACUACUACAACCACCAGUGGCUUUGUCUUCAAUCUAAAACCACUGACAUCAGCUGGGAUUGAUAAUGCUGGUCCAGUCAGUUCUGCAUCUUCUACUUCGACUGUUAAUUCAAUUGUAACUCCUGUGAUGACAUACCGUAAGCUGGAGGGUCUGGUAGACAAGUGGAGCCUUGAGCUAGAGGAUCAUGAGAAACACUUUCUUCACCAGGCCACCCAGGUCAAUGCUUGGGACCAUACAUUGAUUGAGAAUGGUGAGAAGAUUAUUACUUUACAUGGAGAAGUGGAAAAAGUGAUACUGAAUCAGGAAAGGUUGGAACAAGAAUUGGAUUUUAUCCUGUUCGAGCAGAAAGAACUAGAAGAUCUGUUAAUCCCAUUAGAGGAGUCUGUGAAGGAUCAGAGGGGGUCUGUCUAUCUGCAACGUGCAGAUGAGGAACAUGAGAGAACUUACGGUUUAGCAGAAAAUAUAGAUGCUCAGCUGAAACGUGUGGCCCAAGAUCUUAAGGACAUUCUUGAGCACAUGAAUGCAUUUGGAAUUCCUGCUGACACUAUUGACCUGCUCCAGCAGAUCUGCAAAAUUCUGAAUGCUCAUAUGGACUUUCUGCAAGGAACUGAUCAAAAUUCAGGUUUUCUGGAAAGGAAGGUAGAAGAGGUGACACAGGUUUUCGAGGAUUGUCGUCGCAAGGAGCAAGAACGCAAUGUCAGGAUUGCUUUUGACUGAAUGACCAUAUCUUCAGCAUGUUGUUUUUGAAUUAUUCAUUACCUAUAAGUUCUGAGGAGUCUAGGGUAGUGUUUGCAGUUAUUGUCUAAUUUUUGGUUGUAAUAAAUGUGUGUGUGUGUGUGUGUGAUUUUCUCCCAUUCAAAUAUUGUGUUGUUGAGAAUUUGACUUUUAAAGUUAGAAAUCUAAACUAUAAAAACCAAAAAGCAAACCCAGUGCCACUGAGUUGAUUCUGACUCAUAGCGACCCUAUAUUAGCCCCUUUAUCUGGGCAGCAAACUAUCAGGUGUUGACUCCAUGUGUGCAGUUUGAAUCUUACUCUCCUAGAUUCCACGUACUACCACCAACACACAUGAUCCUUCUCACUCUAACCAAACCAUAGGGAAAUGUUUAUCUAAAAGUAAAUGCCAACCAAUUUUUACUGGGUGCCUAUUACGUUCAGUGUAUAGUGCUAGAUACGGUAAAUUCUCUCUCCUGAAAGGAACUUACUCUCUAGUUUCAGAUAUAAUUAAUGCUAGUAUAUAUAAAAACAAUAUAGACAUACAAAAGAGUGUGUUAUGAAUUAAAGAUAGUGUGCUGUAGAAAUUUAGAGAAGGGAAAAGAGUUAUGGUAGUUUGGGGACUUGACUUAGUUUUAAAAAGGUACAGUUCGGUUUUGAUCAAGGACCCUGUAGCUAGAUCCUGAUCAAAAGGAGGAGAAAUGUGGAACAGAGUUUCAAAUUUUUAUAAAAAACCAGACUCAUUGGAACCAUUGAGACUGGGGGGACCCCUGAAUCUAUUGCCCCGAGAUAAUCUUUAAGCCUUGAACCGAAACUAUUCCAUGAAUUCAUCUUUAAACUACAGUUUAGCUCAAAUAGUGAAGAAUGUUUGUGUUGAGCAGUGCAGUCUUCUAAAGAAUUAUCUAUAUGAGAACAAAUCGACAACAGUAAAUCUAAAACACAGAAGAAGUUUAGGGGACAGAGUUUAAGUUACUGGUGGUGAAACAAUAUGAGUAGAGAUAGCAAGAAUGACAACACAAUGCAAAGAAUGUGACCAAUGUCACUGAGCUGUACAUGUAAGAAUGUUGAGUGGGUAUGUGUAUUGUUACGUACAUUUCCACCAUGAAUUUUUAAAAAGGGUGUGGUUCAGGCAAUUCAAUUAUUUUUAAUGUAUGGCUACCCUGAUGUUUUACUUGGUUUUAGCACAUGAUUUAUAGUUGUUGGGUUUUGUGUAUUUAUUUGUUUUUAAAGAAAAAGCCUUGUUCUUAGCUUUCGAACAGCCUGGUCUCUUGUGUUUCAUGUUUUACCUAAGUCAUAAAUAAAGAUGAUAGUCUGAAAAAAUAAAAGUAUAAAGCCAAAAUAAACUACUUAAAGGUUUUCGAGUGACUAGAGCUUAGUUGCCUAUAAUUCUUGAGCUGAAUUUCUGUUGUGCUGACUGCACUUGACCAUCCUGAAGAGUGCACAUUGCAGGAAG